AUGAAGUUGAGUGGGAAAGGACUGUGCACCGUCUUCUCCAGCACCCUCCUCUUCGUGUGCGCCCUGAGCGAAGUUGUCGUUGGAUUAAGAUGCGUCUCGCUGGGAUCUACGGUGAAAGCGCAUUUCCACCUCGGCGCUGCGGCCGGGGCUUUCUACUCUGGGCUACUUGUGGGAAUCGGGCAGGUCCUGUUGGGCUCUGCGCUGCUCUGUUGCUUGGAGAAACCCGGCUGCAGGAAUUUCUUUCUCCUCGGUGUUGUGGUCUUCUUGUUGGGAGUCCUCACCGCCUUCUCCGGCGCGGUGGUGGACGGGGACACGGCUUCUCUGGUGGAGAGGAAAUAUUCCCAUUACUGCUUCCACUCUGUGAUUGUGAACCCUGCCUGCGAGCAGCUGAGGGAUUACCAGCGGAGUCUGGUCAUCUCCACUGUUCUCAGCACCUUGGAGUGCCUCCUCGGGCUCAUCAACCUGGUGAUCAUCAAAAGGUACAAAACAGCGCAGUUUUCUAGGAGCAGACAGUCUCAGAGGCAGAGCGCCGGGGCCAUCCUCUUCAGCGAGGAGCGGGACUGCUCCUCGGCGGAUUUCCAGCCAGUGUCUUACAUCAAUUUGGGUGUUUUUAAUGUGUUUGACGAGACAGGUGCAGAAGUGCAGUGCGGGGGACACCCGUCCAUCGAGCUGCCGGGAUACUCGCCCACGGACCCGGAGCUCAAUCACAGCUUCCCUUUCUCCUACCCGCUCCCCAGUGAACUACCGCCCGCAUACGAAGACAUUUUCCCCGCCGAGGCAUGCAACACAUAG